CGUGAAACUUCACGUUCCGAUCCUCUUAAGCUUUAUGGAGCCGAACUACAAAAAAUGGAGCCACCUCUUUCUUUUAUUGGUUCGGCGCUUCUCCCUCGGUGACUUUCUCACCGGAAAGUCGGCCCCCUCCAACGACGACGACACUGAUUGGUACCAACUCGAUGCUCUUAUCCAGGGUUGGAUCCUCUCAACGAUCAACGACGAGGUCUCCGACCUAGUCCUCUCCUCCACCGACUCGGCGUCCGAACUUUGGCGAUCCAUUUACUCUCUCUUUCAUGACAAUAAACCGGCCCGGGCAAUGCAAUUGGAGCACCAAUUUCGGACAACGAAGAAAGGCUCGCUCUCCAUAUCGGCUUAUUGUCAAACUCUCAAGAAUAUAGCCGAUUGGUUGGACGACAUAGAUGCCCCUGUCUCGGAACAACAGUUGGUGUUGCAGGUUCUCCGGGGGCUGCCCGACGACAUGCGGGGUCAAACCUCCUUCCUCCAAUUCCAAACUCCCCCGCCAACGUUUCUGCAAACCCGCUCAGCUCUUCUUCUCCUGGAGCGCCAGCAAUCAGACUUAGACAACACCGAUUCAUCAUCUGGCACGGCCCUCUUCUCGGCUGGUCACACCGGCGCUCACCCACACAGCCCCGCAGGUGGAGGCCGUGGUUCCUUCAGCAGCAGCGGCGGUCGUGGGCACUCAGGCAGCAGCGGCGGUCGAGGAAGGGGAGGUGUUGGGAUGGGGGAGGGCUAAGGGGGUAGUUCAUGUCGGGUCCGGUGGGGAAAUUUACCGAGGGAGUUAGGGGCUGUAACACCCUGAGCCACGUGACUCGAAUACAAGGACCAGCGAAUCGAUUUGUCACUAGAUUGACAUCCAAACACACUAAUUUUCAAACCAAUUUAAAACAUUUAAUUCAAAUCCAUAUUCAAAACAUCCAUCGGAAUUUACAAACUGUGUGGAAGCUUAAGUACUUUAAUCAAAAUACAACUCUGGUUUCUUGCCUGAAAACAUAAUAAAUUCAAACAUAAAUAUUGAUUAAAUAAAAUCAUCAUCCAACAUCCAUCAAUCCCCAUAUCCUCGCUUCCCUCCAAGAUUAUUUCCUCAUUCGUUAUUCCUGUUACUUACGUGUAGCAAAGAGGAAAAAGGGUUACACGCUCAGCAUUGAAGAUAAGUGAGAAAUAUAUAACAUUUCGACUAUGCAUACAAAUGAACUCACUAGCUCAUAAUUUCAUACAAUAUCGUGCACACAAGUACAACAUCAAUAAUAUCAAUAAUAUCAAACAAUCCAUAAAACAAACGUACUUACUUGGAUUACCAAAUUUAUCAUAUUUGUAACUUAGGCAUUUAUGACACAGAAUCCAUAUGCAAAGCUCAUAACCAAUCUUUCUUAAUUCUAAGCUCAUAACCUAUCAUAGGUUAAGGCCAAUUAUUUAUUUUUUCUAGAGUCUUGAUUCAACCACAUCCAUGAAAGAACUUGCUCGAUACAACGACAUCCAACAUCGACUAGGUGGGAUCACAAACUCACAUCCAUGAAUAGAUGCACGACCCCCGUACCCAUGGUUUACCCAAGUGAUCAUGCAUGCACCUCGGCUCAUCAAAUGACCAGUAAUUCCUAACUGUAUUCUUAUCAUGUUUCUUUGUCUACCUAUAGUUUAGCUAGGUAGCCUAUCCAUAUUCAAGUUCAUACUUUUGUAUUCUUAAACUCAUACUUCCUCCGUCACAGAGUAUUUGUCCACUUUCAUUUUUACACACCAUCCAAUACACUUCUUUAAUCCAUUUUAUCUUGUAAUUUUUAUAUUAAAAAAUUAUAGAAAUUAUAUAUUAACAAUCUAUAUGUUAAGACAAAUCAAACAAGAUCACACAUGACUAUAUUUAGGCUUACACAUUGGGAAAAUUUGAUGAGUCAAAGUGCUUAGAUGAACAGUUCCAAAAGUCAAAAGUGGACGAAUAUAGCGGAACGGAGGUAGUACAUAAUAUUAAUAGUUCGCGGCCUAGCGUCGGGUAUAAACACCUUCCACUUACUGUCAUGCAACACAUGUUAGGCGUGUCGUAGCACCUAUAAAUUAAUUUAUUAUUUCCUUAACUUUUAACCCCCUUUAUGAUUCAAUAUUCAUCAAAACAUAUAGAUAGGGCAAGUAAGGGUCGAUUCCACGAGUAAAGAUACUUUUAGGCUAUGAAAAUCAGUUCACUUGUCACUUUUAUUGAAUAAAAACUACUCCGUAACUAAAAUCUAAAAACUAACUAAAGUAGCAACUAAAAAUAAACUAACAGAUAUGGG